GCCGGAGCCGCCGCGCCGGCUUGACACGGGCUGCUGAGAGCGCCGGAGCGCGGGCGAGCGGCAGGGAGGGCUGAGGGAGAGAGUCGGCGCACAAUGGCUGACAAUAAAGCGAAGUCGACCAAACCUGUGAAUAAGACUCCUCCAAAGUCUCCUUCGGAUCCAGCAAAGGACCGAGCAGCAAAACGACUAUCCUAUGAUUCAAACAGCUCCCAUGAGGGAGCUAUGGCAGGAGAAGUAAGUGCUCUGGAAGAGGCCUUUAGAAAAUUUGCCAUCCAUGGUGAUACAAGAGCCACAGGAAAAGAAAUGCAUGGGAAGAACUGGUCAAAGCUAUGUAAGGACUGCCAUGUGAUAGAUGGGAAGAAUGUGACAAUCACAGACGUCGACAUUGUCUUCAGUAAAAUCAAGGGAAAGUCUUCCAGAACUAUCACUUUUGAGCAGUUUAAGGAAGCUCUUCAAGAACUCUCCAAGAAGCGAUUUAAAGACAAGAGUGAUGAGGAAGCAGUUCAAGAAAUAUAUAAACUAAUUGAAGGAAAAGCCCCAAUUAUAUCUGGAGUAACGAAAGCCAUUUCAUCUCCAACUGUAUCACGCCUUACAGAUACAUCAAAAUUCACGGGUUCUCACAAAGAGAGGUUUGAUCCCAGUGGGAAAGGAAAAGGCAAAGCUGGCCGAGAAGAUCUGGUGGAUGCUUCAGGAUAUGUAUCUGGCUAUAAGCAUGCAGGCACAUACGAUCAUAAAGUACAAGGAAGCAAGUAAGGCUGAGGGUUUACAACACAGAGGGAGAAAGAGAGGGGGAAAGAGAAUAUAUUUGUAAGAAUGAUGUAGAUGAAUCCCACAUGUUUUGGUUAUUGUGAAUGCUAAGACUAUGUUGUCAAGAAGUUGUUUUCAGGAACUGGAACUGAUUUCAACAUCUGCUGAGCUACUUGCAGCACAAAGCCACUUCAUUACAUUCCUCAUGCGUAUAUUGGCAAAAAAAAUAAAUAUAUUGGUACAAAAAAUACAUCGUUUUGUUGGGCUUUAGACAACAAAAAAAACCACCAAAGUCAAGAGCAGUUAUACCACACUGUCAAUUCAAGCAAAAGAUCUCAAACAUUCCUAAAUGUCCAGUAGCCCUGAGGAUGUCGAAGAGAACCUCUUGAAAAGAGGGUCUUUGAUAGCAGUCUUUCUGAAGAAUAUCCCAUUAUUUAUGCAGUUUGAUUUGACUACUCUUUUGGUGCUUUUUAAAAAUGUCUUAUAUGGGAUCUGGCACUUCCCUUAAACCAUUCAACAAUAUACUGUUGGGGAGUAAGUGGUUGAAAUAUACAAGGUGUUAGCCUGUAAAUGUCAUACACCACUCAUGAAAAAUUGAAAAAAAAACAAAGGCUAUUUCUAGAACAAUAUAGGUUCUAAAGUAUUUUGUGUCAACAGAAAGAGAUGGAAGAUACCAGCCCUUACUUUCCUCCUGUCUAUACUUUGUGCUUGUUACUGUGUGUACUGUAGCAUGACUGGCUGGAUUUCGAUGGAGUUACUGUACUAACCUGAGAGGUGAGGGGCAAGACAUUACUAAAAAAAGUCUAUUAAAGCUUUUUGCAGUCUGUUUUCAAGUUUGCACUGCCUCACAUUUGAAAUUAAGGGGGCAUUAAGCUAAUAAUGCUUUAAAAUACUGAUUAUGACUAAACACUGCCAAUCAAAUUGUUAUUAAGUGAACGUUAUUAUGCACAUACAUUGGCACAUAUUCCCUUUAAGCUAUAACAUACAUAAGGAAAGUUCACGAUCCCUUGGAAUAAGGACAUUUACAAUUCAUAUCCAUGUAAUUUAGGUGCAAUUUGCCCACAAAUAUAUGCUAUUAUGACUGGGCUACAUUUUAUGUGUUAGAUUUGCCAGAAGCCAGGGGGUUUGAUUCUCUGUUCACUUUUGCUUCCUAACUUGGGAGUAAUAGUAUUGAUGGGAAUGGCUUUUCACUGCUAUAGAAGGAGAAUCAGUUCCACAGGCUUAGGGUACAGGCAGCUGUGUGUGACCUUCCUGGGGCCCAGAAUGCCAAACCAGCUUAAUAGGAAUAAAAAUAACUAAUUUUUUAUGUUGGUUAAGAAGGAGAGAAAAAGCGGGUCCAAUUUUUGGCAAGAGCUGAACAAGUAACCCUAAUGUAUUACUCUGCUUCUCUCAAAUUAUGAAAGACAAGAUUUGCAGUAUUCAAAACCAGCUGCUAGCUGUUCUGCUUUGCUUUCUUUCAAAAAGAGCUCAUGCACUGGUUUUCAUGUUUGACUCUGAAUAAAGGUUAAUAAAUUUAUUGCUCUCCACCCACCUGUAUCAGCAUCUCACUUGGUGUACAUCAGAUUUAGCGAGCAGUGUGUGCCACCAUGUGCCGUGCAGGUCAACAGUCAGUUUUUGGCCAGUGUCUGGAAACGGAGCACUGGUUUUCAGCCCUUAAACUGUUCAUGUUUUGUUUUUCUGACAUUGAAUGGUAGCCUUUCUUCUAACUUUGUCUCCAAUGACCCUUUGAGCCCAUACAUCAGCCUGAAACCAAAACAACAAUAGCAAACAAAGACAAGGACUUCCUUGUGGACUUGGAGAUUGUUUUGUUUGUUUAUAAUUUAUUUCGGGUUUUGUUUUGAAGAGGGAGGGAGGUUUGCCAAAACUCAGCACAUGUUCUUGUAAAGAUUUAAAUGGCUUUUCCCAUGGUUGGCUCAGGUUACCUGGGAAGAUUUUUGACGUAUGCAAGGAUGCUUCAGGAUGAGAGGCAUCCAGCUUUGUGAAGCCUUUCCAAGUGUUAACUAUUGUUCUUGCAGAAGAAUCUCAAUGGAAUGGGAUAUUAUCCACUUCUGUGUUGCACUGGUGACCUGUCACACUGAGGCAGAAGAGAGUAUACUGUGAUACCAAUGAUGGUUAAAUUAUUCCAGCACAGUAACAAACUGUCUAAAUGCAGAGAACAUUCUUCUACAUCACUGGUACCUGUGCACCUGAAGAAGGCGCCAGGAUAGUCCUGGGUUUUAUGAAUAAAAAGACUAAGCCUCUAACCCUUGAUAAAUCCUUCAGCUAAGUUACAGGCAAAACCAGUGUCCCUGUUCUUCCUGUUGACUCAUGACUCACUGGUAGCUGAGAAGAUCUGGACCCAGCCCAAAUGAAGGGUGAAGUCCAGUGUACCGCCAGCCUUGGCUGGUGCAUCAGGAGACACUAAACCGGAGGUGCCCAAGUGACAGGCUUUCUCAAGUACCGAAAUAGUUGAGCAUCAGUAAUGCCAGAUUGUUGCUACACAGGAGGAAUGAUAGGUUAGGAAGGUUUUAAGGUAUAACUAGGUUUUAAGUUGCUAGUUCACAGAGUGAGAAAGACCAGCAGACUCAUAAAAUAGAAGGCAUGCAAAGGAAUUGAGAAUACGGGCAGAUCCAAGCUAGCCCUAACUAGAAAUUGAGCUACUCUGUUUGCUUAGAAGAGGAACCAGCUGGGGUUAUGCCAGAGUUUACUUUACGUUACUUGUACAGUACAAAAUCUACUCCAUGAACCAAAACACUUUGUAUGGACCUGAUGCAAAGUUCUUUGAAAUGCUUUCAGUGGUGCAAUAAGCUUUGGAUCAGGACCCGAGGAGGUGUUUCAGAUAGCAGUACUUUAUUUUGAGGAACACAAUUCAUUGUUUCUUCUUCGUUUCCACAGUUGGAUAGUUUAAAAAUUCAAUCAGACAGAUACAUUGAAAAGGAAUCAUCCUGAUACAACAGUGACAAAGGGAAGUUGUGACUGGAAGGAGAGUACUUUGGAAAGAUUUUUCUCUUUUACUACACUUGCUGUGGAAGAUAAGGGCGCCAUAUGCAGCUGUGCAUUAGGGGUUCAACCACCUACUUAAGCUCUUACUUUUCCACUGAUACAUGUAGGAAAUAAAGAGCCUGAAGGCUACCUUGAAUGUUAGCCAUAAGUUCCAGGCCUGCUUGGGUAUGAGGCAAAGUACAUUUUCUUGUUCAUCUGCCAUUCCCUUGACUCUCAGGGCAGCAAGUACAGCUGGUGUCUCAGAGGUGAGGGGAAGGGGUAGCUCAGGAAGUCCAGGACAUGCCCCAUUUUCAACCCUUGAAGUGUUGUAGAGCAUCUGCUCUUCCUGUGCUCCAGACUGUAACUAAAUGUCAUGUCAGAAGUAAUGACACGGGUACCUAACAAGCUCUACAAGCAUCUCCUUUUUUGAGCAUCUCACCUCAUUCCCUUUAAUCACUCCAUGUGCUUUAGUUACUUGUUGAGAGUUUUGCAACAAUCUUAUCGAUAUGGAAAUAUCAGAAACAAAAAUGACUGUACUGCUUGCUGUGGCUGUCAAAGCUACCACAAUAGUGUUACUGAGAAGCAGACAUCAAAAAGCAUACAUUGCUUCAGCAGUUGUAUGUGAACAGUUGUCAUUAAUUGUAAUCAAAUAUUUGGAAUCCCAAAGGAAAUCUUGAACAUUGGACAGUGGCUAAGGUCUAGCCUUUUCUAAAGCUACAAUAUUUCUUAUCUCUUUUUCACUUUAGGGAAGAAAAAAGGAGAUUUCAAAACUACUCAUGUGUCACAACUUGUGUUUUUCAUUAGCAUAGACAUUAUCCUUCAAAGAUAUUUUGGAUUGAAGUAUGAUAUUUGCCAUGUGUUUUACUGACCUUACCUAAAUUAAAAAUUCCUCUGACAAUUUUUUGGCAUUAUAGAAAGCUUUGUUCAUGAAUUAGCAUUUCAGUUACCCAUGUUUCCUUCUGUUGGCUCAAUUAAUAUUUCUUUAUGGUACCUGGAACUAGCCAGAACUAAAAGGCAAAUGACUGUUACAGGUUUGGCUUGCAAGUAAUAGGUAUCCCAGCCAUAUGUAACCAUCUGUAGAGAAGAUCCUUGUGUAUCUUUCUCCAAAACCAAAACUUCAAAGUUGUAAUUGAUAGGCUUUUUCCUUAAGGCUUGUCAUAGUUAUAAAAUAAAUUUUAAUUAAUUGUGCCUGCAUGUAUGAUAGCCAAACCAUGACGCUGCCUUUCAGUGAUGCAUGUAUUCUGGAGGCAUGUGCCUGUCAUCCAUGAAUAAGAAUUCUCUGUUUGCACUGGCCAAGAAACAAACCUUUAACCUUCAUGAUAGAGUAACUGUAAUGUGUUGCACUAGUACCUGUCCUCUUAACUGGCUGUUAGCCUUGCGUGUGUGCCAAAGUAGCUGCACCUUUGUGUACGUUGUUUGUAGUGUGAAUAUUAUGUUCUUGGCUUGUCUCUUAGUUGGUAGUAAGUAAUAUAAUACACAAAAGUUGUACAGGUCUGUGUGUGCUUACACAUACUCUUUGGAUCCAGCUAAGUAAUUAAACCAUAUAGAUGUUGGUCCAGACUCUAGUCCCGCAGCCAAUGCUGUUCAGCUUGGCCAGGUGGUGACACUGCCGUUCUCCCUCCAUAGCAUGAAGGUAAAGAUCUAAGGAGGCUUUUCUAUUUUUACAUGUUUACCAUGUUCCUAUUUCUGGGGGAAAUCACUAUUCGGUGAUUCUAACAUAGGCUGGGUGUGAUCAAAAGAGUUUCUCUGUAGUGAGGAAGUAGGAGCGAAAGAGUCAAGGUGAAAACAAGAUUUCCUCUCAGUUCUCCCAAGAGACCAUUUAAAAUUAUGCCCUGCAUGGGCCCUGUGUUUUCCUUUGCCCCAACUUUGUGAAGCAAGUUGACACUUGCUACAUACACACGCAGUUGUUCCUUAUCAGUUAGGAAGUACAAAAUCAUGGUCUGUUGAGGUGGGAACAGGAAACAGGGCUGUUGUACAAUACCCAUGGACUUGAGUCUUGCAUAAACCUUUAUAAAAUUAAAUACCUGAAGCAUAAUGACAGAUCUCAAGCUUGUGUGAAAUUCUCACAGUCUGGAGUGCCUCAACUCAGUACAAGUGUACGUCCUGUAUUUGGAGUGUUUGCCCAUAAAAUAGAAUUUAGACAUACAGUUACUCGUUUUGUGCACCCAAGUGCCCAUUUGGCUUACCUAAUAUAAGCUGGAAAUGAUCGACUGGGAUGUUCUUUUUAAGUCUUCAGAAUCCUAAAACUAGUGAGACACCUUUAGUUGCAUUCAUGCUUGCUCAUUAAACUCAAAACCAAUGCUUUGAAAGAUGUCCCAGUUAAGAAUGGUGCUUCAGGAAGCUAAAGAAUAUUGCAGAUAGAACCUCCAUGUCUUAAUUGUCCAAGUAAUUUGAUUUUGCAGGGAGAAAUAACUGUAAUAUAUUUGGUAUUUUUUCAUGGUUUUCAGUAUAUUACCUUGGGUAUAUUGCUUCAAAAUCCAUAUGGAGAAGGUGGAUUUCAAAACAACUUUAAGAUAUAACUCUUUACUUUGUUUUCAGAAAGCAUUUGAGUUGGCUUGUUUCAUUCAAACUAAUUGAUCAUCUACUCUAGGUAGACUUUGGCAAGAAUAAGCCUAAUAAUAAAUAAAAGGGAAAAAACCCAGCCUAUUUCCUGGGUAUUCUUGACAGACAUUUGCAAUGUUGGUAGUCUGAAAUUAUUUUUUUAAAAAUAAAUUCUCUUUCGGAGUCAUACACACACACACAAACGUGUAUGCACAUGUGCACUACGUUGGGACGUAUAUACAUGAGUGGCAAGACUACAGAAAAGCCUCCCCCCCCCCCCCUUUUUUUUUUUUUUUUAGUCUUACAUACAGAAAUUGAUAUUGAAAUGCCCAACUGACUAUAUUCCUACUGUAUUCCAUUGCAGGUAACAGCCUGUUAAUUAAUUUUCAAAUAUAGUUAUACAGCAUCUCUUUUCCUGAGUUACUGUAAAGCUUACAGCACUGUACAAAGUAAGUUUUGUUGUAAGCAUUUGUAAAGGUCUUAAAGGUAACACUCAUGAUCAUUUGCCCUCCAGUUAUUUUUAGUCAAGACUUUUCUAUUACUUUGCACAUUUUUCAGAACAGAUCACAAACGUGAAUAAAGUUACACUCAAGUAAAUUAAAAGUGUAGCCCUAAAAAUACACUCACACUUCACCCAUCUUCACAUUUUGAUUGGGAGCUAUAUUAUGGAUGAUCAACAAAAUAAGAAAAAGAUGGCAAUCUGUACCUCCACAAUGGUGAAUUAUUUUAAGCUCCAGUUUACAUCAGAUAACGUUUCUGUAUGCUUGCAUUUGCUAAAAUUCUAUUUUUAAACACAGUAAUUAAAUAAUGUGAAAUAAUGCAGCCUGGCCUCUGUUAAAUCGGGUUAUAUUAAUGCAGCUGAAAUGCUGUAUGUCUGCAGUAUUCAUGCUAAAUACACACUAGCUCUUUACAAACGCUUUGUGUAAGGUCAGUUAACCUACAAACUCUUCUGUCCCAUUUAAAAUUGUGUCAACAAACUACUUUUGUUAGAGUUGUAGUGUAUGAAAUGGCAAGGUCAUAGACAAAAACAAGUUAGAGGAUGCUGCGAAAGCGUUUUUGUGUUUAUCUUUGUGCUGGGUUCAAAAUAUAUCAGCUUUGGCUAACUAUUGCAGCAGGGAAAAUAUUUUGUAUAAUGCUUAUAAUACAAAGUAAUUUGUAUUUACAUUCUGUAAAGCAGAGAAAUGGUUGAAGUUGGAUAAGUAUAUUGAAGUAUAUUCUUAGCAAGGUUUUAUGUUUCACAGAUUUAAAUAUUACAGGAGAAAUAUAUAUUUAUACAGAAGUAUAAUUUUUGAAUGUUUGAGGUUGGUUUUCUUCAGUCAUGAACCAUUUGUUUAUCCACAUUAUUCCUUCGCUAGCUUGUUUAUCUGUCCAUGUUAUUCCAACAUCCAUUUCUGAUUUGGUUUAGGUAUUUUGAUUCUUUGUUUGCACAAAUCUGGAUGUGCAUGCUGUCAGGACCUGAUCAUACGGUGUGGCGGCAACGCUGUUUUGUCUUUGAUUACCUAGAGCACUAAUAAAAAUGUAAUUGUUAAAUAGUUGUAAUAUGGAGAUAGGUCUUGACAUAGUCUUCCUUGGAGCACUGUACAGCAUGACAGAAACCUUCAGUGAAUCUUAAUAUUUCUUCUUCUUAUUUUCAUUUGUCUUUCAUCUUGGUCCAGAAAACCAGGAAGCUGCUGUGUGCUAAUAAUUGCCCGCGAUAUUUAUAAUUGCAGGCAUUGCAAACAUUAACAUUCAGCUGUACUAGCCUCUACUGUGUUCACUGUGAAAUUUUCAACACGGUAAAAAUUUUACAUGAUCAUUAACCUUACAAGUUUACUUUUUUUUCUCACUAAUUUAACACUGAACCUUUUUUUUUUUUUUUUUCGUUAUUGCAGAUGAACAACUUGAGCAUAGCAGUUCUUAAUCUUAACUAUAAUAGAUAAACGUAUCCUAAGCAAAGAUUUUUAACCACUUGAUGAAGGGGGGCCAGGCACCAUCCAGUGCAAAGCACGCCGGGCAAAAUCUUAUCCCCACUGCAGUCAGUGCCAAAAUUCUAACCAGUGUUAGCAAAAACGGAACCAUCGUUACCAAGGGGUUAAUAUGCUUAGUAACCGUGCCAAGAGGUGAUGGGGGAGCACAACAGUGAUUCUCUAUUUCCAUAUCUUUGUUUCUGUUAAUUUAAAACUACUACUAUUCAAUCUUUAAAAUAAGUAAAAGAAACUUGAAGGGGGGAUCAUAUACUACUAGUUUGUACUAGGUUUUUUCAGGAAAAGGAAACAAAUUUAUAUAUAUAUAUAUAUGCAAUAUAUUUUUACACUGUUUAUUAAUGCUAGAAAGUAUUAAAUGUAUCACUUUAUCAGUGUGAAUGUUAAAGUAAUGACAAUGUUAUGGAUGUUUUAAACCUUAUAAAGUUGUCUUGUUAAAUUCUAAACCCACAUUAACAAUGGAAAAGCUACUUUGUCUACAACAUUAUUGUUGAUGUUUUAGGGAAAAAGUACAGCAGUUGUUUGAUUAGCACUGUAAAAGCUUGGCUUGAAAAGUUGUAGUGAAAUCCAUAUUGUAAACACCAUUUUUUAAAGCAUAGCUUCUCAUAAACUAUGUUACUGCUGUUGACUGACUGUAUAAAAUUGUACCUUUAGUUGGUAAAGUGAUCAAUAAAUGUGUUACUGCGUCGGUUCCUGGA